GCCGGGGACGCAGUCCGGAACACCGCGGGGGAAGGACCCAGGGACAACGGGGAAGGAACGUCACCCCACCAGCUUCGGGGCGGGCGGCCCCGCGGACGCCCCCAGGCAGCCCUAUGCUCCACAGCUGCGGGAGGCAGGGAGGACGCUGGGGGUGAGGGGAAACAGCUGGGGAGGAGGAGCUGGAGCCGCAGGUGAACACAGGUGUGGGUGCUCUGGAUGGGCGGGGGCGGCACCUUCCCCAGGUAUAAAGCCAGCAGAAGCAGAAGCAGGGAAGAAGGACGAGGAGGAGGACGCUGGAGGAAGAGACUGAGCGGCACGAGGAGGCAGCAGGGCAGGCCGGCUGGUGAGCGGACGAGUGGGGACGUGAGGAAGCAGCCCAGGGCGGGUGUACUGGAGCCCAAGGGUUGAUGUGUUGCGGCUCCGUGCCCCAUCAGCCAGGUUGGGGGAGAGAGGAGCAUCUUCCCUGCCUUAGGGCCCUGGGCUGGGGUCUGGAGAGAGGGAGGGCCCGGACCCCCCUCACCUCCUCGCUUGUGGGAUCGUCUGGGCAACCGACAGGAGGGUCAACCCGGCUCCGCGUCACGGAGACUGGGACUGUCCGGGACGGCGACUGGGGUAGCGGGGGCCUAUGGACCCCGUAACACGUGGUGGAGAAUGUGGGCACGGGGCCCCUGAAUGGAAGGGGGGGUGCUAGAGGAGCUGGGACGGCUCUAGGAUACGGAUAAGGGCGGAGGUUUGUGGUCUUCUCUUCAAGGGGGCCGCCCAAAUGGAGCCGGCAAAGGUAUUGGAGUGGGUGAUGGAAAACCAGCGUCAGCAGCAGCACCAACAGACGCAGAUCGUGCAACAGCUGGUGUCGCAGUUCCAAGAACAACAGCGGCAGCUGGUUAGAGAACUCACAGAACACCAACAGGCGGUAGGGGCCCGACGAGGGAGAGGGAAUGCCCCCUGGCCAGGGGAGGAAAACGCAGCUGGCGGGGCCCAGCUGCCCGUUCGUUUAGCAAAGUUGGGCCCAGAGGAUGACGUGGAAGAACACUGGGCGACUAUAGUGGCUCCCUACUUGUCAGGGCCGGCCCAGAUGGCAUACCGGGGGUUUCCCGCGAGGGAUGCGCUCAACUACUAUAAAGUGAAGGAGGCCAUAUUAGAUCAGGUAGGGAUAACCCCCGAAACGUACCGCCAGCGGUUCCGGCAAGAGCGAUACCGGCCAGGAGACCGGCCCCGCGCGGUGGCCCACCGCCUGAAGGAGUCUGGGGUGCGGUGGCUGGAACCCGAGCCCAAGACGGGAAUGCAGGUGGCAGAGAUCGUCAUUUUGGAACAGUUUAUACAGGUAUUACCAGGGGAAGGCCAGAGGUGGGUUCGACGCCACCGUCCCUCCACCCUCGCGGAGGCAGUAACUUUGAUGGAGGACUUUAUGGCCGCGGAAGGAACAGAGGAGCGCGGGAAGACUCCGGUGAGUAGUCAGCUGGGGAGAGCAUCGAUCGUAAGUAAGGGCCCUGCCGGGAGGGGCGAGCGGAGGCAGUCGGCGGAACCGGGGCCAGCCUGGGGGCGGAAAUUAGCACCGUGUGGCGAAACCCAGCAGAAGAACCCAGGGAGGAGAAGAGGGGGCCCGCCACCGAGAAAGACAAUGGACGGAAGGUGGGGCCACCUAGUAAGCAGGUCUGCUUCCAAUGCGGGCAGGAGGGCCACUUCCGCCGGGAGUGCCCCGUAAUGGACUGUACGUUUGGACGAGUGAUGACCUGGGAGGCCCAGAAGGCAAAAAGCCCACCGAGUAAGGUGAUGGUAAGGAUAAAGGUGGGGGGCUGUACCGUGGAGGCACUGGUGGACUC